GGACGACGUGAGGCAGUAGACGCAGAGUACUCCUACGAAACGGAAAAAAAUCAAAAUGUUGGAACAAGUGCUGAAAGUUGUUGGGACAUAAUAAACCAAGCGACUUUACUGCCCGCUAGUAAAACGCAGCGACAUGAAGAGCUGACUCUGGUGGUCUCAGAAGAUGAACGAGAUUAUGAUUAUCAUUAUGAUUAUGGUUAUAUCGCGGACGAUCACAAGAGCAUGGGACCACGAGCUCGCGCGUUUCCAGCUUCAUCUUCCGAAGACGGGGUGGAUGCUCAUGCAAAACAGCAAGUGCGACCACAAGGGGAGCAUGAGCAUGACCAGCAUCUGCAUUAUGAUGCUCCUUCUUCCAACGGUAGAAACUGGAAAAGUGAAACUGCAAACCAGGAGUCUUCAUCCUCUGAAUCACAGAAGAACCCCGGACAACUAGCGGAACAUGUCGGAAGUAGACCGAGAAUUAUAAAGACUGCGGAUCGAAGCUGUAAAACUAAAAGUGCCUUUCUUACUGAGGAAAUUGCGUUGUGCGAACAAAACGGCAGGAUUUCCAGUGCCACUCCUGAAUUCGGUCAGAACAUCAACUACGAAGAAGUACUUCUGAACCGGCUGCACGGGGGGCGACACCAGACAGUGCACAGCGUCGAGCCGCCAAAGCUACGGCACGACAACUUAUUAUACACGACCUGCAAGAACCAGAAUCCUGGAGUUCUUUCAGCCUUGGAGCAGAAGGUCCUAUUUCGGGAACCACCAGGCGACUUCGAUGUUGCAGUUGCACGCGAGGGCGGGGCGCAAGAAGACAGGCGAGUCAAAGAUGAACGGGAUGAACAAAUGUCAUACGAUCAAGUAGUUCAAGAAGAUCACGUUAAUAUUGACUACCCUGUUCUACUUGACACGGUCUGCAAGAACUCCACCUCCAUGACGAGCGGCGCUGCUGAAGUAGAAGUCGUGAAGAAGAAGACGACACAAAAAAAUACGACAACCGGUGGGCAGAACAACAAGAUAAAGAUUGAUGACCACGAGGAUGGAAUAAGGAGUAGCAGCUCUCGUCUAUUGUCAUGCUCC